AUGCGUACGCUACUUGCCCUGACAGCGACAGUGCUCGCGUGUGCCCUGGCCCGCCCUCUUGUUCCGAACGAAGAUACUACGCCGGUGAGACCGGGCCUCAAAGCACGUAAUAACCAUGGUCCUCCAAAGUAUAUUUCCGAUUACAUCCUUCCUCGUCUCCUCCUGCCAAGAUUUGAAGGUUACGACGAUAAUCUGAACCCAGUACCACCUGAAACAGAAGUAGACCACCUGGACGUGGAUAUGGAUAUCAUGGAUAGUAUUCCAAUGCAAGAGACUGAAUCAUCGCCAUAUUAUUAUGGAUAUGUGCCGAGAUGGAUCCCCGAAUCAAGACAAGUCUAUAUGAAGAACAUCCUAGCUGACUCCACCAAUGGCAAAUUUACAACACGCGAACCAUUGAACGACAACUUCAAAUCCAUCUACAGACGUAUCAACUCAAAGCCUGAACUGUCAGCUAUUGAUACGGAGUCUAAAAACUUUGCUUUAUCUCCACUGAACAAAAAUUAUUAUGUAAAUAAGGAAAUACCAGUCGCUCCCACACAAGAGAUUGAUGUUUCCGAAAACCAAAACGUAAACGUGAUCGAACAGCGGAAGACACGUCAGAACCCCAAUUGGAGCAAGCAAAAAUCUCUUAUAGCUGAAAACUUGGAUCGACUGCGGACCGGCUUUACUCAGGAAGAUGUUGAAGGGACAGACAGCCCGAAACACAUUCACGUUUUGGAAACACCACCAGCUGAUCCGGCGGAGUCAAUUUAUGGAGUGGCUUUAAUAGCCGCUACGGGCUUAGCCUUUACCAUGGCCUUCAUUGGUCUUGCGUUUGGAUGUUUAUCAAAAAAAGCAAAGGCAGCCGCAGACGUGGACUAUCCGGCUUACGGUGUAACCGGGCCUACUGUGGACGCCUCCGGAGACAGAAAACUGGCUCAAUCAGCCCACAUGUAUCACUACCAACACCAGAAACAACAGAUUAUUGCUAUGGAAAGGAACGGCAUGGAACAACGUAAUGGAUCGGUUUCUGAUCCGGAAUCUGAAGAAGAAAAUGAAGAAGGUGACUACACGGUUUAUGAAUGCCCCGGAUUCGCUACCACUGGUGACAUGGAAGUUAAGAAUCCGCUGUUCAAAGAGGACUCCACUCCAGCGAUCCCCGCUAAGGACGAAGCGGCUAAGUCCCAGCCCAAGGAAUAA